GUCAGUAGUGCAAGAGAAGGGUGCUGUACCACAAUGAUCGGAAGAUUGGCUGCUUUGAUUCUUGUGUCUCUGACUCAAACUGCAGAGGUUCCUCAUCUGAUCUCUUUGACUGUGGUUGAAGUUGGUGACAAUGCCACUUUCACAUGUCCAGUCUCUGACACGGAAAACAAAAUCACACAUUGGUAUAAGCAGCCUCUUGGACAAAUGGUCCAAACUGUUGCUGCAGUAAUACUUAGUAAGAUAACAGUCACUGAACAAUUUAAAGACUCACGUUUCACAGUAACAAAAGGAGAUGAUCAGUAUCUUCUUACCAUUAGAAAUGUCAACAAAGUGGAUGAAGCAACGUACUUCUGUCAAAGUGGAACAUUGUAUUCACAGACUGUCAGCAAUGGCACAUUCUUGGCUGUGAACGGUCGUAAUGAGCAGAAACAUGUCUACGUGCAUCAAAGUCCGGAGACAGCAUCAGUUCAGCUGGGAGCCUCAAUGACUCUCCAGUGUUCACUUCUCUACACGAACAAAGAGAGCAGAGCCCAGUGUCCAGGUGAACACAGUGUGCACUGGUUCAGAGCUGGAUCAGGAGGAUUUCAUCCAGGCAUCAUUUACACUCACAGCUACAGGAGUGAUGAACAAGAGGAAAGGAGCUGUGUCUACAGUUUGUCCAAAACUAUACAGAACUCCUCUGAUGCUGGGACUUACUACUGUGCUGUGGUCACAUGUGGAGAGAUCCUGUUUGGUGAAGGAACUAAAGUGGAGACAAGAUCAGGACGGGACCCAGUUGUCGUUGUGCUCGGAGGGUUGCUGGCCUGCUGUGUCACUGUGAUUGUCAUCCUCAUUUUCUGUGUGAAUCAAAGAGUUUGUGAACAUUGCAAAGUAGCAAUGAGUGAUUCCCGUCUCCGUGGACAUGACAGGUCAGCUGUUGAUGGAUCAAAUAAUGUGGAUGGUGAAGCAGUGAACUAUGUAGCACUGAAUUUCUCUGCAAAGAAAGCAAAAAGAUUGAAGAAGCGAGAGUCGCCACAGGAGUGUUUGUAGCUCAUCCUGUUGUGUGUUAUGAUACAGUAUUUCAUUUCUAACUGUAACCCAAUCACUUAGUUUUUUCCCUGACAAAAAUGCUGAACAUAGCCUUAAGACCUGGUCACAACAGGAUUUAAAAUGGCAAAAUAUCAGUGGAUUUACCAGAUGGAGGAAGAAAUGCUUCAUGACAAGUUUAGUUUUGAGAGUCAAAAACUUGGAAUUUGCGUCAUUGUGCAGCAGGAAGGCAUUUUGACAGUGGUGACUUUUAAGGGGAAGAAAAGCCUAAAGAGCCCAAAAUGGAGGAAGCUAUCAUCUCCUAUUAGUUGUGCUGCACCAUUUUAUUUAAGCUCUUGUGUUAGAGUAAAAGUGUUUCACAAAAGCUCAAACAUUUUGUUUACAGUUAUGAGACAGGAGUUAAUGGUAUUAUGUCUUUUGAAUAAAUGUUUGUGUAUUUAGCGUCCUGCUAAUGACUUGCUGUGCUAACACGCUAAUGUGUUUGCUAACCAACCAUGAGCUUGUUAGCUCAAAGAGCUUUAUUUGCCCCGCAAUAGUGUUUUUGUGUACAAUAGUGAAAAAAAUGCCAGGGUGUAGUAACCAGAACAGCAUAGAGAAAACAGACAGAAUGUCCAGGUGCUACUGAGACUGACUGAGUGAGAGAGUUAGCGGUCAGUUCACCAGCUACAGCGGUUCAUUGACUAGCACUGCGAGUAAAGUUAUCAAGCUUCUAGACACAAAUACUUCGCAAAAAUGCACAAAUUAAUUUAGCAGUACCACUUUCUGAUAUGACCAGGUCUUAAGGCAUUUAGACACAAGGAUUCACCUAAAAAAGAGAAAAAAAAAUAUUGCUGACAAUGCAGGUGUGUGUUAUGAGAUUUAUAUAGCCUAUAUUUUUAUUUGUUCUGUUAAUGUGUGUGUGAUAGCUUGUACCAAUAUUUGUGUCAGAUGGAUUGCAUACUGUGCUGAUGUUUUGUUAUUGUCAGAAUUGGAUAUUUAUGUUGUUUUCUGGUCAGACUGAUAAAGUGAAUAAUUGAACCAAUUGAAUUCCUACUCCAUUUAAGAAGAAA